CUGUCUAGCUCUCUUAUCACACAGGCUCUGGUACUGCAAACCUCAUAUGGCUCUAUCAGGAAAGACUUGCCCUACUGCUGGAUACAGGGACUUUCCUUGGCAAGAGAAUGUGCUGAACUACUUAGCAUCUCAUAGGUAGAGGUCCUACUCUGACUAUAAGGAAAAGGGCUCAUGCACAAUGGGAGACUGGGAAUUUCUUGAAAAGUUGCUGGACCAGGUGCAAGAACACUCCACUAGCUUUGGAAAAGUCUGGCUAAUAUUACUGUUUAUCUUCCGCAUCUUGAUUCUCGGUCUUGCAGGGGAAUCGGUUUGGGGAGACGAACAAUCAGAUUUUGUCUGCAAUACAGACCAACCUGGGUGUCCAAAUGUCUGUUACGACAAAGCCUUUCCAAUCUCCCAUGUACGAUUCUGGGUGCUUCAGUUUCUGUUCGUUAGCACCCCUACAUUAUUUUAUCUGGGCCAUGUGAUCUAUCUAUCUAGAAAAGAGGAGAAGCUCAAGCAAAAAGAGGAGGAGCUAAGAACUAGAAGCGUCAAAGAUCAUCAAGUAGAUGAAGCCAUAGCAGUCAUAGAAAAGAAAAGACUACAAAUCUGCAUUCAAGAAGAUGGCCGAAUCAAAAUCAGGGGGGCUCUGAUGUGUACGUAUGUUACAAGCGUCAUUUUCAAAAGUAUUUUUGAAGCUGGCUUCCUGCUUGGUCAGUGGUACCUUUAUGGCUUUGUCAUGCCUGCUGUAUAUGUAUGUGAAAGAAAACCAUGUCCUCACAAAGUGGAUUGUUUCGUGUCUAGACCCAUGGAGAAAACUAUUUUCAUUAUGUUUAUGUUAGUAGUGUCACUUAUAUCUCUUCUACUCAACCUUUUAGAACUUAUACAUCUGGUCUUCAAGAACAUGGUUCACACCUGGAGGAAAUAUUCUCCUUACAAUUCUACCCCUAGAUACCCCAAAGAAGAAGAUAUUUACCCUGAUAAGUGCCCUGAGACUGCUACUGCUCCUUUCAAUGACAAAUCUUACAUGUACCUUCCAAUGAGUGAAAACAUAUCCUACCCAGCAUACAAAAUACAAAAUGAGGACAACUGGGCUAACUUCAAUACAGAAAAACAGAUAGCAAUGCACGUUGGAAACCAAGCAAAUCUAGAAAAUUAUUCAAGUCAUUUCACCCCUGUACCUUCUAGUUCCCAUGCUGUAGUAGAGAAGCAACCAAGCAGAGCCAGUAGCUCGGCCUCGAAGAAACAAUAUGUUUAGGAAAAUUGUCAGCACUGCUUCCAAUAUUUUGUUCCCAGACCAUUUUUGUCAGUACUGUCUUCUAGGGCUAUGCAAUUACCCAUGCAAAGUGAAUAAUAAGUAAAAUAGUUUAGAAAAUAGACUAUUAAAAUGAAUGUGAAGGAAGUCAAUGAUGACAACAUAGUUUAGUACAUCAUGGCCUGAGUAUGAUUAUGAAGUGGUCAAGCUCAUUUUGACUCUUGGUGACCAGAUAGCUAGAAGGUUCUGUCUGGUUAAUUUCCCAUUAUGACCUUCAAUGGGAGUUAGAGUGUGAUGUGAAGGCUUGUACAACUAUAUACUUUUUACUAACUAUUUUGCACAGAUUUUGAUGGUAUUCAGAAUACGCAGUAAUGCUGAAAAUAUUAUACCUUUCUGAAACAAUAACUAUGCAAAAUGUUAUAUAGGCAUGGGCUGACCAUUCAUGCAUUAAGCUACUGCCCAUGGUCCUCCAAUGCAAAUUGUUAAAGCAGUUUUCCAGAACCCACAAAAAAAUUGCUGAAGGUAAGUCAAUACCAUAGCUAGACCAGCACUGCUGCAAUGACUUGUGUGACUACGCAAGGUGACCGUUGAGGACAGUGAUUUGCUGCAGUGUUGACAUUGAGUAAUUUGUGAUGCUAUCACUGCUGUGCUGCAACUGUAGGCCAUCAGGAUCAUCAGAGCGGUGGGAUUGGAAUGGCACGGGAUUGAGCCAGUCAGGUUUUUAUUUUAGAACAUUCCUACAAAUAUUUAGAGGAUUGCAGAAAACCCAACUGUAUCUUGGCAGUAUGGUAUGAUGUGCAAAGCCUUUAAUGCCUCAGGGCCCAGUCUGCUACCAUUGCAAUAUACAUAUCUUCAUUUUCUUUCUUUUCAGAAUAUUGUUUUCAGGGCUUGCUGAAGCAGUUUGAAGAAUCAUA